CCCCAUUGUGUACUAUCUGUGUAUGAGUAUGGAAGUCAUGGUUCCAAACCUGCUGCUUCCCGCAGUUUGUCUAAUGCUGUGCUUCUCACUUAUUCUGUGCUCUAAAGAUGGCCAGGGUGAAAUCUCACCGCAGGAUGUGAAGUUCCAUUCUGUGGACUACAGAAAUGUUUUACACUGGAACCCCAAUGCUCUCUCAUCCAGCGAACCACAAUAUUAUGUCCAGUACAAAAUCUAUGGGGACAAGCACUGGGUCAAUGUGACACACUGCCAAGGCAUCAGGGGGCACCUGUGUGACCUGAGCAAGGAGACUGCAGAUGCCCGGGAGUAUUACUAUGCCAGAGUCCAGGCAGCCCUUCCAGGAGUCCAUUCCCCUUGGGUCCUCAGCAGCAGGUUCAACCCACACUGGCAAACUUCAAUAAGCCCACCUAGACUGAAGCUUGAGGUGACAGAGCAAGGCAUUGUGGUCCAGCUCAGAGCUCCAAGCUCACCAAACAUGAGGAAGAAGGACAGCUGUGUUUCCAUAAGGAAGUGGCAGAGGCUGAUUUACAGAAUAUAUGUCACCUGUGAUAACAUAGUACAGGAAGAACACAGCGUGAAUGGCUGCACGAAUGAGCUCUUGAUUGCAGACUUGAGGCCAAGCACAACCUGCUGCUUCCAAGCAGCAGUCCACAUACAGCACCUGGGUCGCACCUCUGCAAAAGGGAAGAAGUCAUGCAUCACCACUCUCUAAAGCCACCUGCAGUGGUGCUAGAAGAAAUGGUGCUGGAUAUCUAAGGUGCAUUAAAAAUCAGAGACAUAUAAUUAUCUGAAAGCUGAGCUUGCUGAUCAUGAUGUGUUUACAACUGCGUCACCUCUGGUGUUGCCAAAUCAGGGAUGUGCUUUGUGUUUUUCUUGCAGUAGAGUGCAGCAUAUUGUUUUCUUGUAUGUUCAGCUGCAUGUCUAGAACAAAUUGUGCUUUGUGUCACCUCAACCAUGUAAUGUUCUAAUUCAUUAAAAAAACCUAAUAACUGUU